ACCUUUUGUAUAUUGAAAGCACCAUUUUUCUAGUGAUAAACUCUGGAAUAAACCAUGACUAAGACCAAGAGACUUCUCACACUUUUCCUAAGGUUCCUUGCCAUUGGAGCAACAAUAGCAGCAGUGAUUGUAAUGGUGACAAGCCAUGACUCUACUCAGGUCCUAAACCUGACCUUCACUGCCAAAUAUAGCAACGUCCAAGCAUUCAAGUUCUUUGUGAUAGCAGAAGCCAUAGCAUGUGGAUACAGCAUAAUUCUCCUUUUCACAUGUUCCAAAACUUCACUUUGGCGUUUGGUUCUGAUGAUGGAUGUGGUUAUAGCAAUGCUACUCUCUUCAAGUGUGUCAGCAGCACUGGCAAUAGCUCAUGUGGGCAAGAAAGGCAACACUCAUGCUGGUUGGUUACCCAUUUGUGGACAAGUUCCUAAAUUUUGCGACCAUGUCACUGGAGCUCUUGUUGCUGCUUUCGCCGCAGCUAUAAUAUACUUUCUGCUUAUUUUUUCUUCGCUUUACUCUGCGCAGAACACCCUCUUCCUGUAAAACUAGCAAUACAUUCAAUUGUUUUCUUGUUUCUACGUACCUAUGUAGCAUCUUUUCGUUCUAGCUGUAGCCCCUUUACUCUCUUUCUACUGAUUUAUUAGUUCACGGAUAGAUAAAUCAAUACCAUUGCACUGAUU